AGAGUGGCUCCCCCGGGGCAGCGGCAGUCGUGGCAAGUGGCUGGUAGCACUGCAGGCCUGGUGGAGUGUGGGCACGGUGUUGGAGGCGCUGCUGGCGCUGUGGCUGCUAGACCGAUGGGGCUGGCGGCCGCUGCUGGCGGUGUCCGCGCUGCCGUUAGCUUGCAUCCUGGCUGCGCUCCCAGCCAUCCCCGAGUCUCCGCACCACCUAGCCGCCUCCGGACAGCCCGAACAGGCACGUCGCGUGCUGGCCCUAGCCGCGGCGCGCAACGGCACAACCGACAAGCUAGAACAGGUGCUACGGCAACAGCAGCAACGACGAGCGCAGCAACAACAAGAGGACGAAGAACGCGGAAUGGAGCAGCAGCCACAGCUGCUACAGCGGCGUGCUAGUAGCAGUAGUAGUUCAAACGGGCAAGGAGC